AUGAGGAACUCCAUCCUGCUCGCAGCCACCGUGCUGUUGGGCUGCACAUCCGCAAAGGUGCACAAGCUCAAGUUGAAGAAGCUUCCGUUGACAGAGCAGCUUGAAUAUGGCGACAUCGAAACCCACGUCAGGGCGCUCGGCCAGAAGUACUUCGGAUCUCUACCAUCGUCGCAGCAACAAACAGUCCUGUCAGAUGAGUACAGUACAACUGGCGGCCAUAACGUUUUGGUCGAUAAUUUCCUGAACGCCCAGUAUUUCUCCGAGAUCUCCAUAGGCAAUCCUCCCCAGAAUUUCAAAGUCGUUCUUGACACAGGAAGCUCAAAUCUCUGGGUUCCAUCUUCGGAGUGUGGUUCCAUCGCCUGCUACCUCCACAACAAGUACGAUUCAUCGGCUUCUUCGACCUAUAAGAAGAACGGAACAGAGUUCGCUAUUCGCUAUGGCUCAGGCAGCCUUUCUGGUUUUGUUUCACAGGAUACACUCCGUAUCGGUGACCUGACCAUCGAGGGACAAGAUUUUGCCGAAGCCACCAACGAGCCAGGCCUUGCUUUCGCCUUUGGCCGCUUCGAUGGCAUUCUUGGUCUAGGUUAUGACACAAUCUCCGUUAACAAGAUUGUUCCACCCUUCUAUAACAUGAUCAACGAAGGGUUGAUUGACGAGCCAGUCUUUGGCUUCUACCUUGGCGACACGAACAAGGAGGGUGAUGACUCGUAUGCUACUUUUGGAGGUGUCGAUAGCAGUUUGUUCUCCGGUGAGAUGAUCAAGAUUCCCCUCCGCCGCAAGGCCUACUGGGAAGUUGAUUUUGAUGCUAUCGCCUUUGGCAACGAGCGUGCUGAACUCGAAGACACUGGUAUCAUCCUCGAUACCGGUACUUCUCUCAUUGCCCUGCCAUCCACUCUUGCCGAGCUCCUUAACAGAGAAAUUGGUGCCAAGAAAUCCUGGAAUGGUCAAUACACCGUAGACUGCAACAAGCGCCCAUCGCUUCCAGACCUCACCUUUACUCUAUCCGGCCACAACUUCACUAUCGGACCAUAUGAUUACAUCCUCGAGGUCCAAGGCUCUUGCAUCAGCAGCUUCAUGGGCAUGGACUUCCCUGAGCCCGUGGGCCCUCUUGCCAUUCUUGGAGACGCUUUCUUGAGACGAUUCUAUACCAUGUAUGACUUGGGCAACAAUCUCGUUGGCCUUGCCAAAGCCGGGAACUAA